AUGCGAAAGACCGCCAAUCCUCUCCCUCCAAUAAUCUUCCGACUUGUUGGAAUAUUUGCACUUGUUGGCGUUAUUCUGAGCAUCGUCGGCGCAACCCAAAACUUCAAUAUUUCCCACACUGUUGUCACCACAGAGACGAAGGUUGGGCUGAUCUGCUACCUCAUUGCCUGGAUCGGUGUGUGUGGACUGUUACUCCUGGUUUUGCAACGGAACCAAAGUAUCGAGGACGGAGAACAUCGCUUGCUCCUGGCUGUGGGCGUCUCUCUCCCUUUGGUCCUCGUGCGGUUAAUCUACUCUUUCAUCUAUUCCUUUGGGCGGAAGGCCGAAUUCAACAUGCUGUCAGGAAAUAUCACAAUUCAGCUUGUGAUGUCUGUCCUAGAGGAGAUGGUGGUUGUUUUUGUGUGCCUGGGCAUCGGUCUUACACUUCAAGUACGACCCUCCGCAGAGUAUACGCAGCAACGCAGUGUCCACAGCGGAGAAGAAGAUCUAGUGGAGAUGGAGAGUGGCCGUCCACAGGGACAGACACGUGAAAUGAGACGAGCCCAAAGACCAAAGCGUCGGGGUGGUCCUAUUACGAGACUCGUAAUGGCUAUUGUCGAUGAGGUCAAUGACAGGAAACAAUGA